CCCAGCAGCAAUGGCUGGCUCUGGUGCAUUUAAUGAGUUUGUGUUUCUGUUAGCUCUGCUCAGCGGAUUGUGUUGAAAGCUAAAGAUCCGUCUAUUUUAUAUUUUUUAAGAAAAAUAAAGCAAGCGAUAGUAAUAUACAUUUUCUUCUAAAUGUUUUAUUGAUGCUUUUUAUCAUAUUUUAUUUUGUUUUUAAAAACGGUAUUUAUUGAACUGAAGGUUUUUAUGUGGAAUGAGCAUUCCAUGUGUCAUCCUAGGCAUGAAUGAAGUGGCCUGGCAGAAGACCCGCGGAGCAAUGAUGCAUCCAAAUGGUGCUCAGGAUGUUGCUGUAGUCGGACUGGGGGUCCCUAUGGUGGGGACUCCUGUUGGUGCCAGGGGAGGACCAGGUCCGGGGGGUCCCCCUCCACAAGCACUUGGUGGUGGCUCCAAUUCACAUGUCCUCCAAACUGCAGUAACAGGUGCACCCGGUGCUCAGCCACCUCUCAGUGGACGAUCACAGGACGAUGCUACAGUUAGCUACUUUUUUCAACGGCAAGCAGGGGAGCAGCUUGGCGGAUACUCCAGCAAGCAUCGCUGGCCCACGGGAGACAGGAUCCACAUAGACCAGGUUCGACCUGUGGAUGAAAUGAAUCAUGACUUUCAAGCUCUUGCCCUGGAAUCUAGAGGAAUGGGAGAGCUCUUGCCUGCUAAAAAGUUCUGGGAAUCAGACGAGUCUGCUAAAGAGGGACAAAAAGGGAUGUUCUUGGGAGAUGAAUGGCGAGAAAAUGCAUGGGGAGCAUCACAUCAUUCCGUAUCACAGCCCAUCAUGGUACAGAGGAGGCCUGGCCAGGGAUUCCAUGUCAAUAGUGAAGUGAACACUGUCCUUUCUCCUCGGUCUGAAAGUGGGGGCCUCGGAGUCAGCAUGGUGGAAUACGUCCUUAGCUCCUCACCAGGGGACAAACUGGAUCCCCGCUACAGGAAAGGGCCGUUUGGGGCUGGAGAUGCUGAGUCAGGGGGCAAUGAGAAGGGUGAUCAAAAAGGCAAUUCAUCACUUUAUGAGGAGGACAGAAGCAGAGAGAUGAAACAAGGAGAUGAUGUUCCUAAAGCAAAUGGACGGGGAUUGCCAAAUGGAAUGGAUGCUGACUGUAAAGAAUUUAACCGGACUCCUGGGAGCUGCCAAGCCUCACCAACUGAAAUUGCAGAUCACCUGGGUCCCAACCAGAACAGUUGUGAAGUGAUUGGCCACCAUCCCAACACUGCAUCCAAUAAGCCACCAUUGGAGGAGUUCCAAAACCCAGAGACACAAAACAUGGACUCCAUGGAACAAGUCGGACUUGACUCAUUACAGUUUGAUUACACGGGCAGUCAAGUGCAAAUUGACUCAUCUGGAGCUCCUGUAGGACUUUUUGACUACAACUCUCAGCAACAGCUUUUCCAACGACCCAAUGCACUGACCGUUCAGCAGUUGACUGCAGCACAACAGCAGCAGUACGCACUGGCUGCAGCUCAGCAGCAACAUCUAGCUGGUGUAUUUUCAGCAGGCCUUGCUCCAGCUGGCUUUAUGCCAAACCCAUAUAUAAUCAGUGCGGCUCCUCCAGGCACUGACCCCUACACCGCAGCCGGACUUGCAGCAGCCGCCACGCUUGCAGGCCCUGCUGUUGUCCCCCCUCAGUAUUAUGGUGUUCCGUGGGGGGUGUAUCCUGCCAAUUUGUUCCAGCAGCAAGCAGCAGCAGCCGCAGCAGCAGCUAAUAACUCUGCUAACCAGCAGACACCUAACCAGGGCCAGGGACAACAACAGAUAAUGCGCGCAGGAAACAAUCAGCGACCUCUGACUCCAAACCAGGGUCAGCAGAACCAACAGGCAGAAUCACUGGCAGCAGGAAACCCAGCGCUUGCUUUCAGCCAAGGACUUACCACAGGGAUACCAGACCAAGCCUUGAUGCCACAGAUGUUGCAACAAAAUGUAUAUGGCUAUCAAAUAGCAGGUUGGAAUCUAAGAAAACAACAAGGCUAUCAGGUGUUAGCCCCAGCUGCCUAUUACGAUCAGACGGGUGCCUUGAUGGUUGGCCCUGGAGCACGGCCAGGAUUAAAUGGACCUGUUAGACUGAUGACCUCUACCCCUGUAAUAAUCAGCCCAGCAGCGGCUCAAGCGGCAUCUGGAACUGCGAACAAUCUUGGAGGAGCUGCCAAUGGUCUCUUCCGCCCCAUCAGCUCUCCGCAACAACAACAACAACAACAGCAACAGCAACAGCAACAACAACAGCAGCAACAGCCCAACAAUAACGUGCAAUCCAACUCAUUCUAUGGCAACAACUCUCUCUCCAACAUCCCCCAGAGCAACUCCCUGUUCUCCCAUGGCCCUGGCCAGCCUGGAAACACAUCGCUUGGCUUUAGAAGUAGCAAUUCUCUUGGAGCAGCUAUUGGCUCAGCACUGGGUGGCUUUGGAGCAGCAGUCUGCAGUUCUGCCAAUAACAGUGCCUCCAGGAGAGAUUCCUUGUCUGCCAGUUCUGAUUUGUACAAGAGAUCCAACAGCAGUCUAGCUCCAAUAGGGCAGCCGUUUUACAACAGCUUGGGAUUCUCAUCCUCUCCAAGUCCAAUCGGCAUGCCUCUGCACAGUCAGACUCCAGCACACUCCUUGACACCACCACCAUCUCUCUCAUCUCACGGGUCUUCAUCUAGCUUGCAUCUCGGAGGACUGACAAAUGGCAGUGGCCGAUACAUCUCCGCAGCGCCCGGGGCAGAAGCGAAGUACCGCACUGCCACCAGUACAUCCAGCCUAUUCAGCUCCAGCAGCCAGCUCUUCCCUCCGUCACGGCUUCGCUACAGCAGGUCUGACGUCAUGCCUUCUGGUCGCAGCAGGCUCUUGGAAGAUUUCAGAAACAAUCGCUUCCCAAACCUGCAGCUGAGGGAUCUCAUCGGCCAUAUAGUGGAGUUUUCUCAAGACCAGCAUGGUUCAAGGUUUAUCCAGCAGAAGUUAGAGCGAGCCACCCCUGCAGAACGUCAGAUGGUCUUCAGUGAAAUCCUUCAAGCAGCAUACCAGUUGAUGACUGAUGUAUUUGGAAACUAUGUAAUACAGAAGUUCUUUGAGUUUGGAAACAUGGAUCAGAAACUAGCCCUGGCUACCAGAAUCAGAGGCCACGUCCUCCCAUUGGCCCUACAGAUGUAUGGCUGCCGCGUCAUUCAGAAAGCUCUGGAGUCCAUUUCAUCAGACCAUCAGGUAAUUAGUGAUAUGGUUAGAGAGCUGGAUGGACAUGUACUAAAGUGUGUAAAAGACCAAAAUGGAAACCACGUGGUACAGAAGUGUAUUGAAUGUGUGCAGCCUCAGGCUCUACAGUUCAUCAUUGAUGCUUUUAAGGGCCAGGUGUUUGUGCUUUCGACUCACCCUUAUGGCUGCCGAGUGAUUCAGCGCAUCCUGGAACACUGUACCCCAGAGCAGACCAUGCCCAUCCUAGAGGAGCUCCAUCAUCACACUGAGCAGCUUGUGCAGGAUCAAUAUGGCAAUUAUGUCAUUCAACAUGUUCUUGAGCAUGGGCGCCCUGAAGACAAAAGUAAAAUGGUUGCUGAGAUCAGAGGGAAAGUUAUGGCCUUGAGCCAACACAAAUUUGCCAGCAAUGUGGUGGAGAAGUGUGUGACCCACUCGUCCCGCUCAGAAAGGGCUCUGCUGAUCGACGAGGUUUGCUGUCAGAACGAUGGCCCCCACAGUGCCUUGUACACCAUGAUGAAGGACCAAUACGCCAACUACGUAGUGCAGAAGAUGAUUGACAUGGCAGAGCCAGCCCAGCGCAAGAUAAUCAUGCACAAGGUAGGGAUUAAUUAUAUACGUCCUCACAUUGCAACGUUGCGCAAAUACACCUAUGGAAAACAUAUCUUGGCCAAACUGGAGAAGUAUUACAUGAAGAACAGCACUGACUUGGGGCCAAUUGGUGGACCAACUAAUGGACUGAUUUAGGAUAUGAACAAGAAAUUGAUGCAGCCCCUUUAGAUGUUCUGAUGCGUUGAACCAGUUCAGUUGAAUUACCAAAAAGGCAACUUAACCUAAGAAUGCUUUGGUUACUUCCUAUUGUAAACUCAUCAUGUUCCGGUAUGUGGCUACACUUCCAGCACACUGCCAGUGAUUUGUCAGAUUGCUAUGCUGGGUAAAGCACAGAAUGCGUGUAUAUGCUAUAAUUGUAUCAAACUAGUUGUCACAUAUUUUGUAAAUUUUUACCUUGUAAAUUAACUGUAAAAAUUUGGAUAGUUUUUAAGAAAACAAGAGAGAGUAUUCUUACAGUACACCAGCAUGUGACUUGAUAAAUCUGCCGGCAUUACAGCACAACAGAAAAACCUUAAUUUAUACUCCUCUCUAUUGCCGAUGCCUGUAGAGAUUACUGGCGGAUAAAGCAGAAGUUGUGUAUACACAAGAAAAGGUUAAGUUGUAUUUUGGUAGUUCAUAUUUUGUAACUUUUUUACAACAAAAAUACCAUGUACUAAAAUGUAUCUUCUUUCGCUUCAUAUAAAAUUUCAAUCUUGAAUGUUUUGAGAUGAACACUGCCCUUCAUUUUCUCCUCAAAAACAAACCCAGUGAUGUAUAGAAGUAUUGUAUGUAUUUAACCAUUGUACAAGGUGGAGGUGGAGGGAGCGGGGGAGCCAUGACGGCACUUCUCUACCUAAAGCAAGAGUCUGAAAAAAGGGUAUUUUUAUUUUUAAAGCAGCUUUUUGGUAUGUUGAGCAGUUUGAAUAAGAGUGGACGAUUUCUUUCCUUCAUAGAUUUGUAAAGGUUUGUGACGAUAUUGAUGUUUUUUAUUUUAGCUUUAAAACAUUAACUGCAGUCUUGGGCAGAGUUGAGAAUUAACAGGGAGCCAUCAAGAGGUAAACUUAAAUGCUCAUUAUAAAGCAUGCAUGAGCACUGCUAUAGCCUAUUGCUUUUUUGCUUCAUAUAAUAUAUAGUGUAAAAGUCUAGUUAACUAUAUUAGUGUUGGUUUACAGUUUGAAUUUCAAUGUUAAUCACAAUACUUUGCUUGUACAGUUGUAUAUUUGUAAACCUCGAUGCUGUAAAUGUAAUGUAUUUUACUCUCUUGAAAAAAAAGAAAAAAAAGAAAAACUUUGCAUUUUAGUGUAUUCACAACCCUACACCUUGCCCUGGCAUAUAGUGUUGUAUAAUGUACAUUUAUUUCUUUGGAUUAAGAUUGAUUUUUUUUGCUUUUAAUUCUGUCUUUAUAUGGGUUUAAAAAAUGUUAGAAACAGUAGUUUUGUUUAUACCUGUAGCUGUUGGAAUAUACUGUCAAUAUGGUCAUUUUGACAAAGUAUACACUUCCAGUACAUUGUGCUUAGAAUUGAAAG